AUGUCUCUUAAGGUAAUCUUGUUCACCACCCUUUUCGCUGUCGUCGCCGCACAAUAUGGUCAUCACGACCACCACCACGGCCACGCCUCCUCGUCACAGAGCCUCCACCAGCACCAUUCACAUGGCACCGAGAAACACGUCGAGUACUAUGGUCACCCCAAGUACGAGUUCUCUUACCAAGUGAAGGACCCUCACACACACGACAUCAAGUCCCAGCACGAGACGCGCGACGGUCACGCCGUACACGGCGAGUACAGCCUGCACCAGCCCGACGGCAGGGUCAGGACUGUCAAGUACCACGCCGACCACAAGACCGGAUUCAACGCUGACGUGCACUACGAGGGUCACGCGCAACACAUCGUCCCUGAACACCACCACCACCACCAUUGA